AUGUGUGUGUGUGUGGGGAUUGAUUUCUUGGAUAGACAUAUCCUGUUGAAUAAUGGAUAUGGCUAUUCUUUUGCUCAUAUUUCUAAUCAUUUUCUCCUACCGUUUUCUCAGGAAGAAAAGCAAUAAUGUUGGUCAAGGUAAACAUGCUCCCGAACCCGAUGGGGCAUGGCCGAUCAUCGGCCACCUCCGCCUCCUUAGUGGUGGAGACCAACUCCUCUAUCGAACUCUCGGAGCAAUGGCUGAUAAGUAUGGGCCUACGUUCAGUAUCCGUCUUGGGACUCGCCGUGCCCUCGUCAUAAGCCGAUGGGAAGAGGCGAAGGAGUGCUUCACUAUCAAUGACAAGGCGUUCGCUUCGCGUCCCAUUUUAGCUGCCACCAAACUCAUGUGCUAUGACUGCGCCAUGUUUGGGCUUGCACCCUACAGUAAUUACUGGCGCGAGAUGCGGAAGAUGGUGAACCACGAGCUCCUCACCAACAGUCAGCUCGAGAAGAUUAGGCAUGUCUGGGAGCCCGAGAUCGAUGAGUCCAUGAAGGAACUAUACAACAGCAUAUGCACCGAAGACAAUGCACAAUCACUUCCCAUUAAUUUGACACAGUGGUUCGAUAAUUUGACGCUCAAUGUGAUCGUCAGAUUAGUUGCAGGCAAACGUUUCUACAGUGUCUCAACGGACGGUUGCCAAGAUAGUGAGGCGACACGUUGCCAGAAUGCAAUCCUUCAGUUUUUUCACUUGAUGGGCAUCUUUGUUGUGUCAGAUGCGCUUCCUUUUCUAAGCUGGCUAGAUCUACAAGGGCACGAAAAGGCGAUGAAGGAAACAUUCAAGCAGCUGGAUCCAAUACUCGAAGGAUGGCUGCAGGAGCAUCGACUGAGACGGGCCUUAUGCGCGGACGGGACUAGGAGUGAGCAGGACUUCAUCGAUGUAAUGCUCUCUAUCCAAGAAACCGGGCGGUUCUCGAACUUCCGGUUUGACGCUGAUACUUGCAUCAAAUCCACUUGCCUGUCAACAAUCCUAGGCGGUGGUGGGACAACACCAGUCACAUUGACAUGGGCUGUAUCCUUACUGAUUAACAAUCGACGCGUCCUGAAGAAGGCACAACAAGAGCUGGACACAGUGGUCGGUCCAAACCGCCCGGUCCAUGAGUCGGAUAUCAAAAACCUACCCUACAUUCGAGCAAUAAUUGAAGAAACAUUUCGUCUUUACCCACCAGGUCCAUUAUUGGCACCAAGAGAAUGCAUAGAGGAUUGCACUGUGGCAGGGUAUUCGGUCCCUGCUGGUACUCGACUAGUGGUGAACACGUGGAAGAUACAGAGGGAUCCGACCGUCUGGACCGAUCCUUUGGAGUUCCGACCAGAAAGGUUUCUCACUAGCAAGGCCCAUGUGGAUGCCUUAGGCCCAAGCUUCAAACUCAUCCCCUUUGGGUUCGGGAGAAGGUCGUGUCCCGGCGCAUCAUUUGCACUACAUGUCCUUCACCUGACGCUUGCUCGACUCAUUCAUGCAUUUGAUCUUGCAACCCUCAAUGAUCAGCCAGUCGACAUGACCGAGAGUCCCGGCCUCAGCCUCCCGAAAGCUACACCCCUGGAGAUUUUACUCUCACCCCGUGUCGAUAAGGGGCUUUUCAUCUAAUUAUUGAAGUGUCGAUCCAAAUAUUAUUCGUAUCCCUGAUCUCAUCAACCGGUGCGGUGUCAAAAGUUAAAUAAGGUCACUCCAUGUCGUUUCUCGAUCCGAACAUCAAAACCAAUAUGGCUCCCUCUUGCUGGUGUGGGCUCCAGUCCCACAAACUGAACGAAAAAAGAGAAAUAAAUAAAUAGAUAAAAUGAAUUAAAAAAAAGGAAGAUCAGCCUCAAAUCUUAUCCCGGUAGAAGAUCUCAGAAGCAUGGGAUUGUUUUUUUUGGGAGUGUAAUGAUAAUGGAAAGUCCGAAAAUUCCCUAUUAAUUCAGUUC